AUGUCGAAUAACAACCAGCAAUUCCAACUUGGACAAGUGUUCAAUGUCAAGGACAGGGUUGCUUUGGUGACGGGCGGCGGUUCGGGCAUUGGAUUGAUGAUCACUCAAGCACUAGCUGUCAAUGGAGCCAAGGUCUACAUCACCGGACGCACUCAGGAGAAACUGGAUACUGUCGCAGAAAACUAUAGUAAGGACAUUCAAGGUCAAAUUAUACCGAUUCAGGGAAACGUUGCAACCAAAGAGGGCGUCAAAAAACUUGUUCAAGAGAUCGAAUCUCGUGAGAAGUGCCUCUGCAUCUUGGUUAACAAUGCUGGAAUUGCCACCUCCAAAGCCGACACUUCUGGAGAAAAGAGCGCAGAGGAAGCCAGAAAAGAGUUUUUUGAUUCCACUUCCGUUGAAGAAUGGACAGAUACCUAUGCUACCAAUGUAGUCGGCCCGUACAUGAUGACAACUGCAUUUUUGCCUCUUCUCCAAAAAUCAACGGAAAACCACCCAGGAUGGUCGGGUACGGUUAUCAACAUUACCUCGAUUUCUGGUCUGGUCCGUAUAUCUCAGGGCCACUUCGCCUACAACUCUAGCAAGGGAGCCCAAGUUCAUCUAAAUAAGCUUCUAUCUGCUGAGAUUCAACAGGCUGGUCUGAAAGUCAGAGUAAACUCUAUUGCUCCAGGCGUCUUCCCGAGCGAAAUGACCACGCAGGAGAGUGACGAAACACAAAAGAGUCAUAUGCCAAAGGAGAAGAAAGAAGGGCUACCUAGUCAGCGACCCGGAAAGGACCAAGACAUGGCCGCUGCCAUUCUCUUCGCCGCAAGCUGUCAGUACCUGAAUGGGCAAACGAUUGCUGUGGACGGCGGCUACCUUAUCCAGGCAGGGACGUGA